GUCCGGGAGGGCGGUGGAGGCCUGGGAGUAGGAGUCGGAGCGCGGCGCGGGGUCGCUCCGGGGUCCCGGGCGCCAGGCCUCCGGCGAGGGCAGUCGCGGGUCUCCGUGCAGCGCCGCCCCUCGGGCUGGGGAACUUGUCCCGCACGCCUCGCCCGCAGCCGCCUGCGACUCCUCGGCCGCCGACCCCCUUCUCCGGCCGCGGCCGCGCGGCUCUCGCUUACAAAGGAGGGAAAAUGCGGCGGGCGGCGGCGCAGCGCGGGGGCCCCCGGGCGGCGGGGAUCGCGGCCGCCCCCGGCACCACGUAAGACGCCCCCGCGCGCCCAGCCUCGGCCCAGGCCCGAGCCCCGCAGCCAGGCGAGCGCUGCGCGUCGCCCGCGGCCCGCGAGGAGGCGGAGGAGCAGGACGAGGCGCCGCCUUCUCCGCGCCGCGCGCCCUCGCCCGCCGUUGUCUGCGCUGCGCUGCGCUGCCCUGGACCAGUUUAGCGAAGUUGCCCGGGCCCCGCGCCGCCCAGAUGUGCGACCUCAUUGAGCCGCAGCCGGCCGAGAAGAUCGGCAAGAUGAAGAAGUUGAGGAGAACUUUGUCCGAGAGUUUCAGCCGCAUUGCUCUGAAGAAAGAUGACACCACCUUUGAUGAGAUAUGUGUCACAAAGAUGUCUACACGGAACUGCCAGGGAAUGGAUUCAGUGAUCAAGCACCUGGACACAAUUCCUGAAGAUAAGAAAGUCAGGGUUCAGAGGACACAGAGCACUUUUGACCCAUUUGAGAAACCAGCCAAUCAAGUCAAAAGGGUACAUUCUGAGAACAAUGCUUGCAUUAACUUUAAAUCCUCCUCUGCUGGCAAAGAGUCACCGAAAGUCAGGCGGCACUCCAGCCCCAGCUCGCCAACAAGUCCCAAAUUUGGAAAAGCUGACUCAUAUGAAAAACUGGAAAAACUAGGAGAAGGAUCUUAUGCGACAGUAUACAAAGGGAAAAGCAAGGUGAAUGGGAAGCUGGUGGCUCUAAAGGUCAUCAGGCUGCAGGAGGAGGAGGGCACACCCUUCACGGCCAUCAGGGAAGCUUCUCUGUUGAAAGGACUAAAGCAUGCAAACAUUGUGCUGCUCCAUGACAUCAUCCAUACUAAGGAGACACUGACACUUGUCUUUGAAUAUGUGCACACUGAUUUAUGUCAGUACAUGGACAAGCACCCUGGAGGACUCCAUCCAGAUAAUGUGAAGUUGUUUUUAUUUCAGUUGCUGCGAGGGCUGUCUUACAUCCACCAGCGUUAUAUUUUGCACAGAGACCUGAAACCGCAGAACCUUCUCAUCAGUGACACGGGGGAGUUGAAGCUGGCAGAUUUCGGUCUGGCAAGAGCAAAAUCCGUCCCUAGCCACACGUACUCCAAUGAAGUGGUUACCUUGUGGUACAGACCUCCAGAUGUUCUCCUGGGCUCGACAGAAUAUUCCACCUGCCUUGACAUGUGGGGAGUUGGAUGUAUCUUCAUUGAGAUGAUCCAAGGAGUUGCUGCGUUUCCAGGAAUGAAAGACAUUCAGGAUCAACUUGAACGGAUAUUUCUGGUUCUUGGAACACCAAAUGAGGACACGUGGCCUGGAGUUCAUUCUUUACCACAUUUUAAGCCAGAACGCUUUACCGUGUACAGCUCUAAAAGCCUUAGACAAGCAUGGAAUAAGCUCAGUUAUGUCAAUCAUGCUGAAGAUCUGGCCUCCAAGCUUCUACAGUGUUCCCCAAAGAACAGGCUAUCAGCACAGGCUGCCUUGAGCCAUGAGUAUUUCAGCGAUCUGCCCCCACGGCUAUGGGAGCUGACUGAUAUGUCUUCUAUUUUUACUGUCCCAAAUGUGAGAUUGCAGCCCGAAGCUGGAGAGAGCAUGAGGGCCUUUGGAAAAAACAAUAGUUAUGGGAAAAGCCUAUCGAACAGCAAACACUGACGAGCCCAGCAUUCUCAGGAGAGCACAGGAUUAAGUUGUCAUCAUUCUGGGAAGAAGAAGAAGAAGAGAUUAAAUAAAUAAAUAAAUAAAUAAAUAAAUAAAUACCACUAAUGAAGUGGCCAUCAGUGCGAGGGGUCUCUGGAUCAGUUCUCUUCUGCUCCCUGCAGUGGAUUUCACUGACAAGAAAAUUGAAGCUGGCAAGACCUUGUUUCCUCUGCAAUUUAUUUAAAACCUUGCACGCAUUUGGAUACCUUGUGAUUUCCAAGAACUAUGUGAAGAUUAAGCUUUGCUUACUGCUACCUGGCAUGUAUUCUUUUCAGUCUUUUGUGUCUGAUUCUGUUUGAUUUCCCCCUGCUGCACAGUGUCUCUGUGAAGGGUUUUUCUGCUUUCCGCAGCCUUGUCUUAAAUACAUUAAGACAACACAUUUGGUGUUCACACUUCCUCAGUCAUGUCUGCACUUGAAAGCCACACAGUGGCAGGAAACAAUGUGCAUUUUCCCUGAGAGCAGAGUAUGUUCCGCAACCACCAGAAAGGACAUUCUUUUUUUGCUAAAACAAACCCCAUGCUUUCUGACGGACUAGACAGCAUGGUCCCUACCUGUUGGGGCCCUACCUGUUGCCUGCCUUGGAGGACAUUUGGAAAAUGUGAGGGUUUUUUUUUUCUUUCUUUUUUCUUGGAAAUGAGCACACAUUUACACAGGAGACCAAAAUCCACUUAUUAUUUUCAACAGCAUGACUGUUUCUGAGCAGGUCAUAGGUAGAGAAACAACACCGAAAACAAAAACUGAGUGAAUGAAGAUUGAUAAUUAUUAUUAUCAUUUUUAAGCCUGUAGAAAGCAAGGCAACUUUUUUACAUGUGUUCUGGGUUUUGUCAACAUCUUACUUUAUUCCAUCAACUCUGUAUUAUUAAACUGUUAUACUCUGUAUUUUUAAACUGAAGAAAAUAGUAGCAAAUAUCAUUCUUAAAACUUGGGUGCAAAGAAAAAAAUCUGUCUGUCAGGGUAGGUCCUGAAAGCAGCCUUGGCUAAUUGAAGCUUAGAAAUCAAAUUUUAAAAUUAUCCAGAGUUAAACAUUUGCUUAUUUACGACAAAGGACCUUUGAAUUAGAUUGUUCAGAAACAAUCCAAGCCAUUUGGAAGGCAUCACUGGGUACCAGACUUUCAAUCAGUCUUCAGUAACAAGUGUUUAAAGGCAGAUCUUACAAGCAAUGCAGGAAUUUUGCGUUAAGAAUAAAAAUGACAAAGAAAGACCCUUGUUUUAAGGACCUUUGGGAUCUUGCAAGGUGAAGGCAAGUCUGUGCCACUAGAAGAGAGGGCUGCUCUAGCAUACAUUGAACCUUGACCUGGGGCAGCUGCCCAAUGCUGGCUACUUCCACAGGCAGCCUCACUGCAGAAUCCCAGGAGAGCUGGGCCCAAGGGGCCACUAGAAAACUUCCUGUGAAACACACCCUUUGCUCCUCCUGACAUAAAUCCCCAUGGAAAUGCAAUGCAUCUGUAUACAGAGGUCUAUGUUUUACUCCUCCUGAGCAAAAGGAGACUCUACAAGCCUGAAAUGUGACACACAAUUUUAGGAUCAAGACUAGAAAUCACAAUCCAGUUUCAUAAGGGCUUUCUGAUUCUCCAAUGAGGGACAAGCUUCCUUAUAGUCAAACCCAGUGUAUCCUGAGAAGUAGAUCCAGGUUCCUAAACUUUCCAAGGCGUUGUGCCUUAGAAAGAGGUGUAACCCAUCUCCCAGCCUCUCACUGCAAUCUCACUAACACUAAGCAAGGAACUGCUUACCAGAUGGUUUGAAAGAAAGCAAAGGGCACCCAAGGUGACAAUGUUUACUCUUCACUACAUGGGAACCGGUUUCCAUCCCUCUUUUGUACAUUCCUUCCAUGGGAAAGUCUUUACAGGUAUUUUGAGUUAAAGUAUAAUUAAAUUUGGAGUUCUUUAAGUGGGGAGAAAACUUUAUGUGUAAUUAAGAACAGCCUCCCCUGUGAUUUGCUUAGAAUCCUCCAUUUAUCUGGGGGUAGGGGGAUUAUGUUUAUAUUUCACAUAAGUAUAAGUCAGGAGCUCCAUGCUAAUGUUGAAAGGUUUCAAUAAGAACAUGAAGGCAACUAGAGGUCCAUGCCCUUGUCUAGACAGCUUCUCCUGGGAAGUAAGACAUAACACUGCUCAGUGUGGGGUCUGCUUCAGGACAGGCACGCCUCUCAGGUUUAAAGGGUUUCAGUUUCCUGUCCUUGUCAUCAAGGAAGGAAAUCCAAAGUGUCUGCUCUGCCCCCCCUCCCCCUUCACCCAACACAGUCCCCUUCCCUGGCUUUGGUCUCCUGGCCUCUCCAAGGGCGUCAUGAAAAUCAGUCCAGACUUUGUUCACUAACAUGUCAUUAUGCUGUUGAGAGAGCACUGGAAUGUUUGGUGAGAUUAUUUUUCUAUGAAGGAAUAGCUUGAGUUUGGACAGCUGCUAAGAAAAGCACCAACACUUUGGCAUGACAGUUGUAUGAAAGCAACCUCACUGCACACAGUAUUUGAAAAGGAAGUAUGGGACUUAGUUUCCAUCUUCUUAAAGGGAACCGUUUAAUAAAUUAAGAAAUACAACAUACAUAGGACAGGAAAAUGUGUUUGCUGUAAAAUUAGAGGUGUAAGGCAGGGGCAGCUAUCUGCCCACCGUGCAAGGGUGAGAAUCUGUUUCUAGCUCUCAAGUGACUAAAAGUUUCCAAGGGAGUCUGUGGGAUUGUAGGAAAACCAGGGCCUCUUGGUACUCUCUCCUCAGUGUGUGUGACAGCCACUCAGUACUCUAUGUAUGCGUCCAUAGCAGACACUCAUCUGUGAAUAUUGCUGGGUUUGUAAUCUUUUGUUAUAUAAGAGGAUGUUUAGGCUGUACAUACUGGGGUAGAUCAUUGCCUGCCCCUAUACAUAGAAAUAUGCUGCAUAAUUGUGCAUAACUUCCUUCUCCGUUGCUGGCUUGUAGACAGAGGAAACUCUAUGUUAGCCUUCAGUUUCCUCAGAUACCAAACUGAAAACUUUUAAAUCUCAAAUGAAGUAAGCAAGUUCCUGGUCCCCACUGCCCCCUUUCACAGCAGCAUAUAUUAGAGGCACAUUAAAAAAAAAAUCUUUGUUUAUAAGUGGACUUUCAAUUUCUUCUUGGUUUUGGUUUUUUCAUUUCUCCCCCCCCCCCAACCCCACUGGUUUAUAUAAUGCACUGAGAUGUGUACUUUUUAUUGGGGUUGGUACCUCAGAGACUCAUUAUGCUUCAACAUGACACAUAGCAAGGAGAAUGGAAUACUACACGUUGCAUAUGUGUUGCCAAUUGUAAUUUGUCUGUAUUAUGAAGGAUGUAAUGGUUUGUCAGCUGUCAUUGUUGUUUUCUGUAACAUGAUAUGGAAUAAAGUAUAGCCGAAUCUGUAUAUAGCA